AUGCAUUACCAAACCAUUCUCGUCGCGCUCUUCGCCACUGCCGCUUUAGCCAAAGACCCAUGGGUGAGCUCAUUCUACAACGCUGACUGCACCAGCAACGGCGCCGGCGACGCCGUUAACAUUGAGGUGGACGACUGCGUUCCAUUUGACUCAAAGUACGACGCCGUCGCGGUCAACUUUGGCACCGACCUUGAGGAAAUGACAUCUUUGAAUGUAUACUCGGACGCCAGCUGCACGGUUUUUGCGGGGCCAUCUAUUACCUCCAGCUUGGCGGAUGAUACCCCACAGCAAUGUAUCAGUCAAAGCAAACACGGAGCAAAGUGGGGAAGUGUUCAGAGAGCGCCCUCCUCCAAUUAG